AUGUCAUAUCACUUAGAAGACGAUUGCCUUCACAUCGACGAGAAAAUAAUUCCAAAUCAAUUUCCAAGAGUCAACCUAUACCUUCGUUUCCUAAAUCAGUCCAGCGAAAAUGGCCAGCUGUUAGGUGCACUAUACCACCGCAUGGUGGAACAGCUCGAUUUAGCGAAGUGUCUACCAUUAGGAAGAACAAAUGUUGCCUUUUGGAAAAAGAGUACAGAGCAGAAUGAUUCGAUCUUAUUCAAUCAAGAAGAGGGUUUGAAUAUCAUAGUUGACAUUCAUAAAUUCACUUUCGAACUCCUGUCCUAUGACAUUGUUGUUCAAAUGCCGACAGAUAAUGAUUUUAUUGAGAAAUUAACUCGGAAAAUCGACUUUUCAUUCCUGGAAAAACUUCAACAUCCAGCUGAACAAACGAUAGCUUCCAAGUUAAUUCCUCCAUUUUUAAAUAUAAAAAUCUUUGUUGAUUCAAUUAUGACGAGAAUUGUAUUAGGCAGAUCGGAAUCUAUCGUUAUCUCAUGGACUUUUUCAAGAAUCACUUGUACACCGUAUCGUCGUCAUGAAACGAUUCCGACCCGUUGGUCAUUUAUAUUCAUGACAUUUUCAUUAUCAAUUACUUAUCUUUUCUAUUCAUUCAUUAUUAUUCACUUCAUUCUUCAAGAAAAACUUCUGAAAAUUAAAGAAAUCAUUAAAAUUAUCCAUAUACAACCACUGAUUAACUAUCUAGCAUGGGCUUUAAGGCCACUUUUUAUUCUCUCAAUUCUUUCUGUGACACUUACAGUAUCAUGGAUAUUCAUUUGGUAUUGGGAAAAAAUCAAUCCCGGUAGAGAUUUAAUUGAUCACAUUCAUGUAAAUUUUGUUGCUAUAGGCGAGUAUGGAAUUGGUUUACCAUGGACUUUUCCGUUUUCUAUGCAAUACUGGAAAUCGAGUCUCAAGAAACCGAAUUCUUUACGAAGAAAAUCGUCCAGGGGGAGUUUAAAUUCAGAUGACGAUUCGAUUAUUGUAAAGAUCGAAGCGCUUUGUAAAUUUUUUCCUCAAGCCAAUCGAAUGGCUGUUGAUAAUGUUCAUUUCAAUCUCUACGAAAAUCAAAUAACUGGAAUUCUCGGACAUAAUGGAGCUGGUAAAACAACGAUCAUGAAUAUGCUCUGUGGGAUGUUUGAACAAACAAGUGGAUCAAUCAAAAUCUUCGAUUAUGAUACACGAGAAGAAAUGGAUUAUUUACGACAGUUUAUAUCAUAUUGUCCUCAACAUGAUAUUCUAUUCGGUCUGUUAACCGUUGGAGAGCAAAUUGAAUUUCAUGCAAUUGCAAGAGGUUAUUCAGGAGACAAAGAGGAGAUCUGCUCAAAUCUUCUUGAAGCUGUGAGCUUAUCCAAUGAUCGCAAUGUUCUUUGUAAAAAUCUCUCAGGUGGAAUGAAACGACGUUUAUCGAUCGCAUGUGCAUUCAUUGGAAAUUCAAAAUUUGUCCUACUCGAUGAGCCAUCAAGUGGUUUAGAUCCAGUCAAUCGUCGUCUCUUGUGGUCAUGGAUUCGAUCAAUGAGAGAAAGUCGAACAAUUUUACUGUCGACACAUUUUAUGGAAGAGGCGGACGCUUUGUCUGAUCAAAUAAUGAUUCUAUCACAUGGGAAGGUAGUUGCCAACGAUACGAAUACGGAACUGAAACGGAUCUAUGGAACUGGUUAUAAACUAAUACUGAACACUUCCACCGAUGAAAACAACGAUCAAGUUUUUGAGGUUAUCAAUAAAAUUUUAUUGAAUUCGAAAAUUGAAAGCGAAACGAAUGAUCAAUUGAUCAUACAAACCAAUGAACAAGCAUCCAACUUAUUCGUACAAGUUUUCAAUGAGUUGGACAUUUUAAAAAAGAAUAACCUCGUACUAGAUUAUGGAUUGACAAAUACAACAUUAGAGGAAGUCUAUCUUCGUAUAGCUGUUGAUGAAGAUGCAGAUGUAGACGAAGACGAGAACAAUGAAUUUUUUGAAGAAAAUUGUUUUGAUGUUUUCAACAACAAACUAGUUUAUCAUGGUUAUGAGUAUUAUUUUAGUCAAUAUGAAGGUUUAUUCAUAAAAUCAUUUCGUAUUGCUUAUCGAUCCUACCUCAUCUUUCUCUUUAUAUGUUGUCUCGCUUUAUCAAUAAAAUUCUUCCUGGACAGUACAAAAUCUCAUGCUGAAAUCAUCUUUAAUUUCGACGAUUGGUCACAUUUAAAGCAACAGAAUGUUUUUAUUGCAUUUACACAAAGUAAUUAUAGACAACGACAGUCAGAUCAGCUAAGAGAUCUCGUUCAGAAGCGUUUUCCAUCGACGCAACUAUUCACAUUGACAAACAUGACAAACAUUACGGAAUUCAAUCAACUAUUAUACAUGCAUCGCAAAUGGUCAGACAAUGCCUAUUUUCAAGAAUACUUCGGAAUAUUAUUUGAAAGUACUGAAGCAGUCUCGGUAUUGACAUCGCACUUAAUCAUCGGUUAUGAACCAUUUAGUAUAAUUAAUCAGUAUAUAUGCCGUGGAAAAUGUUCAAUCUUAACCCGAUUGAAAUUUGUUCAAAACCCAUCGAACAAACUGAACGAACAAACGUUUUUUAGCUUUCUAAAAAUUCUAUCAUUAUUCAGUUGUUUCUAUUUGAUAUAUCCAGGCGAAUACACCCUAUUCUAUGUACUGACAUAUUAUUUCAUUUAUAUUUAUAUCACCAUAUUAAUUAUCAAUGAAGGACAACAAUUUGUUAGGUUACUGAAAAUCUUUGGCCUACAUCCGAUUAUUUAUUGGACAGGAAGAUAUUUGUUUGAUUUAAUAUUAACACUAAUCUACACAUUGAUUAUUUAUUUGAUAUUCUCCUUGAAUCGUCCAGAAGAACCGACGGAAAAGGACAAUUCAUUAUCGUUUAAACAAAUGAUCGAUCAAAAUAAUCAUCGGAUGAAAGUAAAAAUUUUCUCCUUCACAUUCGUUAUCGCUUCAACAACGUUACCAGUUAUGUAUUUAAUCACAAGAUUCUUGAAAAAUGAUUUAAUCGGAGGUAUUCUAGUGUAUCUCCUCUUAAUCAUCAUUGAAAUAGCCGAUUUAAUUCGCAUUUUUAUACUGUUGAUUACAAAGAAUAAGAAUGAUUAUCGGAUGAGCUAUUGGAUUAUGAAUAUUUUCCUACCACCAUUGAAUAGUAAGCGUUUAAUUUCGCUUCUAUUGAAAAAUUCGACAAAGAAAUUUUGUAAAAUGCUUGAAAAUGAUCAAGCCCUCGUAUCGAAAUUUGGAUUUACUCAGCAGAAGAACAAUGAUGACGUUUCAAAACAUCUAUUCGUGAGCUUUGCUCAAAUAAUCGUUCCAUUUCUUGUUCUUUGCUCGAUUGAUCUUGGUCUGUUUACAAUGAAAACAGCUAAUUUUGAAUUUGACGCCGAAGAAAUCGAUGAUGAUGUCCUAGACGAAAGAAGUAAUUUGAUAUCCAAUAAGCAAGACUAUCUCAGCGAACCACUCCUGUGUUUGGAUAUUGUUAAAAAAUAUCCUCAAAAAACGAUUCUAGCUAUUGAUCAUCUCGCAUUUCAUGUCGAGCAAGGCCAGUGCUUUGGUCUUCUUGGGUUUAACGGCGCUGGUGUGUUUUUCCUUCUGGUAUCAAAUCUGGACGUUUGUUUCUUGCUUUUAGGCAAAACCUCUUUGUUUAAAAUCAUUGUUGGGGAAGAAAAAGCAACAGCUGGUUCCAUUUAUAUCAAUGGUAAAACCUACGAGAAAUUUGCCGAUGGUGUUUGCCGAGAUAUUGGCUAUUGUCCGCAAUAUGAUUGUAUCGUUGAGAAGCUCACAUUAGAGGAUUAUCUUUAUUUAUUUGGACGUUUGCGCGGAAUUCAUAGUUCCAAACUCAUACAAACGGUUCAAGCAAUUUCACAAUUGUUUCUACUGGAUCUGUAUCUGAAACAAUAUCUUAAACAAUGCAGUGGUGGAACAAUUCGGAGAAUGCAUGCUGCUUUAGCUUGUAUCGGGUCACCAUCAAUUAUUCUCUUAGAUGAACCAACGACAGGUGUUGAUCCGUAUAGUCGUCGGCAGAUGCGUCAAGUUUUUGAAUAUGCUUUGAAUUGUAAUUUGACAAUCAUUUUAACAUCUCAUUCAAUGGAGGAGUGUGAAAUGUUGUGUUCCCGUCUUGGAAUUAUGUCUACAGGACAAUUCAAGUGUUUAGGAAAUAUUCAAAGUUUGAAGCAAAAAUUUGGAAAUAUUUAUACGAUUUCGAUCAAGUUUAAAGCAAAUUUUACUCCCGAACAAUUCAAAGAUUUGAAUAUCCAUUUAAAAAAUCAUAUUCGUACACAAAUUUAUAAUCAAACAGACACCACAGUUAUCUAUCGAGUAGAACAUUCUUCGCCAGCGCAAUUGUUUGCUUUAAUCGAGCAAAUUAAAGAGACAUACUCCAUUGAAACAUAUUCAAUUCAACAAAUGACAUUAGAACAAAUAUUUAUUUAUCUCCAAAACCAUUAG